GAGCGAUGGUUUAAGUUGAGGGGAAACCUAUUGUUUUACUAUCGCGUCAAUGAGUUUGGAGGCGUCCAUCACAAGGAACCGGUCGGUUGUCUCGUCAUCGAGUUGUGUCGCGUCCAGAGGGAGGACCAGUCGGGCCUCGGGUUCGCCUUUUCUAUAUGCUUUGACAGCGAUUUGGAUAAAAAGCAUUUCUUGAUGUGCAGUAACCAAAGACAAUGUGAUGAAUGGGUGGAUGUGUUGAGUGAAUGCAGUUAUCAGAACCAAAAGAACAAACUCUUGGACCUCAAGAAUCAAAUCAUGGAUAUCACCGGAACUGAUCCGUUGACCUCAUAUUCAUAUCAAACCAAAUAAUCAAACCGUUG